CGUAUCCUUCCGCAUGGGUAGAGCGAGGGGAACGCCUCCAGGAAAAGAAAUUAAAUGCACACACACACGGGCAUACAGAGACGGGCGAUUUGAAAAUAUUCCAGAGAAGGCGAUUUUGUGCUCGUGCAGCACAGCGUGGCGUGGAGAGGCUGCCUGCAGAGCUGGCUGGCACUGGUUUGUUUUGUUGCAAUAUUUCCUUCCACCCCCAGCUCUUUACCCAGUGGAAUGAUAUCCAGAGCAAGUUUUUUGAGACAGGAAGUGAGGAAUGUUUUCACUAUGAGUGAUCUGAGAAGAAGGUGGGUUAGCCGAGAUAGCAGCUGUGUGGUGCGGGAGGAGCACAGUAAGGCAGUUCCCAAGGAGUACAGAUGAGAUGGCUCCGCCAGAAGACAUCUCAGAGCACUGCGGCUUUUCUUCAGCUGUACUCAUGUGAAGAGAGGCUCGGUGUCUUCGGAUUGCAGCAAAAGGAUUCCAGUGGAUGCCCCUCUACUUGUAUAUCGGUGGAAAACUUACUUACCUUUAAUGGAUACUGCUGGUGGUGGUUGAUUUUUGGAGACUUUACAGCUCCUUACUGUUUGAGAGGAAACUGCUGUUUUUCCUCUCUCAGGUCCCUGUGGUAGUAGCUCUUUAUCUCUAACCAUCGGUGUGGGAAAGAAGAUGCCUCUACCUUUUGGGUUAAAAUUGAAACGAACUCGACGCUAUACAGUAUCCAGCAAGAGCUGCUUGGUGGCUCGGAUCCAGCUGCUCAAUAAUGAAUUUGUGGAGUUCACACUAUCUGUGGAAAGCACGGGCCAGGAAAGUCUGGAAGCAGUGGCUCAGAGGCUUGAGUUGCGGGAGAUUACGUAUUUCAGUCUGUGGUAUUACAACAAACAGAAUCAGCGCAGAUGGGUAGAUUUGGACAAGCCUCUGAAAAAGCAGCUGGACAAAUAUGCCUUGGAACCAACUGUAUAUUUUGGAGUAGUAUUCUAUGUGCCGACUGUUUCUCAACUUCAGCAGGAGAUUACCAGGUAUCAGUAUUAUUUGCAAUUAAAGAAAGAUAUCUUGGAGGGCAACAUUCCUUGCACACUAGAACAAGCAAUACAUUUGGCUGGUUUAGCUGUUCAAGCUGAUUUUGGAGACUAUGAUCAGUAUGAAUCUCAGGAGUUUCUACAAAGAUUUGCUUUGUUUCCGGUGGGUUGGCUACAAGAAGAAAAAAUAUUGGAAGAAGCGACACAGAAAGUUGCCUUACUACAUCAGAAAUACAGAGGCCUUACUCCUCCUGAUGCAGAAAUGUUAUAUAUGCAAGAAGUAGAGAGAAUGGAGGGCUAUGGUGAAGAGACCUAUCCUGCAAAGGACAGCCAAGGAAGUGACAUAUUCAUUGGAGCUUGUCUUGAUGGUAUCUUUGUGAAACACAAAAAUAGCCGGCCUCCUGUUGUUUUUAGGUGGCAUGACAUUGCCAACAUGUCCCACAACAAAUCCUUUUUUGCAUUAGAACUGGCAAACAAAGAAGAGACAAUCCAAUUCCAAACUGAAGAUAUGGAAACAGCAAAAUAUGUGUGGAGGAUGUGUGUGGCUAGACACAAAUUUUACAGACUUAAUAAAUGCAGCCUAGAUUCCCUGGACUCUCCACCUGAGGAGGGCUCUCAGAAAUCUUCACUCAUUCUUUCCCUUCCACGCUUUCCAAUCCUUUCUCGUCCUUCACUUCCCAAAGGACAAACCCAGCCCAUUACAGUGAAUCCUGUUAGAAGGCGGUCUUCUUCCAGGAUGUCUAUGCCCAAGCCUCAAGCUUUUAUGAUGCCUCCACCACCUCAGCUGCAUUACAAUGGUCAUUAUACUGAACCAUAUGCGUCCUCCCAAGAUAACCUCUUUGUGAGCAAUCAGAAUGGAUACUACUAUCACUCUCAGACUAGCUUGGAUAGAGCUCCUCAUGACUACAGUGGUCGAAUCCGCAAUGGUAGUGUCUAUAGUGCACAUAGCACAAACUCCUUGAACAACCCACAACAUUACUUACAGCCGUCCCCCAUGUCCUCUAACCCAAGUAUUACUGGGAGUGAUGUCCUGAGAACUGAUUAUGUCCCAUCACAUAGACAUAGUGCACUAAUUCCACCUUCUUAUCGGCCUACACCAGACUAUGAAACUGUGAUGAGACAGCUCAAUAGAGGAAUGGUACACACAGAUAGGCAGAGUCAUUCAAUGAGAAAUCUUAAUAUCAGCAAUACAUAUGCUUACAGCAGGCCCGAUGCCUUGGUUUACAGCCAACCCGAAAUACGAGAACAUGCCCACUUCGCUUCCCCACAGUCUAACCAUUAUCCGUUUAACCUGAACUACAGUUUUCAUAGCCCGUCCCCCUAUCCCUAUCCUGCUGAGAAACGCCCAGUUGUUGGGGCAGUCAGUGUGCCUGAGUUGACAAAUGUGCAGCUCCAGGCUCAGGAUUAUCCAGCACCAAAUAUAAUGAAGACCCAAGUCUAUCGACCACCUCCCCCAUAUCCAUACCCAAGACCUGCAAACAGUACUCCAGACCUUUCUCGACAUAUCUACAUUAGCAGCAGCAACCCAGAUCUAAUCACAAGGCGAGUUCAUCAUUCUGUCCAGACAUUUCAGGAAGACAGUCUGCCUGUGGCACAUUCUCUACAGGAAGUCAGUGAACCUCUAACAUCGGCACGUCAUGCUCAGCUGCAGAAAAGGAACAGUAUUGAAAUAGCAGGCUUGACUCCCAGCUUUGAAGGAAUAAGAAUAAAAGAGAGGACCAUGUCAGCAUCUGCAGCAGAUGUGGCUCUUCCAAGAGUUAUUUCGGAAGGGUCACAGCCCAACAUUCUGAUAGAGAGAACAAAGCAAAAAGAAAAUGAGCAAGAUGAUGGUGUGAACUGUGAUCAUAAGAAAACCCUUUCAGAUGCCACUAUGCUGAUUCACAGUAGUGAAGAGGAAGAAGAAUUUGAAGAAAACAAAGCUAGUACUAGUCUCUCUCCUCUUCCUGAAGAUCAAACCCAGCUUUCAUCCGUUAUGGGUGGCUACUCUCAUGAUUCUGUACUCAACUACCCCUAUAGCUCUGUUGCUUCAUCUGCUGGCCCUUUGCAUAUUCUUGAGCCUAAACUACAUAUUACAGAAACAGAAAAGAGAAUGAAAGAUAUAAGCCCAGUUCAUUUUCUAGUAGAAAACCAAGUACAGAGAAGAGGGGAAGGACUGCUUACUCCAUCUAUGUCAGAAUCUGACCUUACAACAUCAGGGAGAUACAGAGUAAGGAAGGACUCAGUAAAGAAGAGACCUGUGUCUGAUCUUUUGUCUGGGAAGAAGAAUAUUGUGGAAGGCCUUCCCCCACUAGGUGGUAUGAAAAAGAAUAAAACUGAUGCAAAAAAAAUAGGGCCCCUAAAGCUUGCUGCCCUAAAUGGACUAACUUUGGCUAGAAUGCCUCUUCCAGAUGAGGGGAAAGAGGAAUCAACAAGAGCAACGAAUGAUGAACGGGUGCAGGAGAGUGUGAAAUACAAUCAACAGUCUGUGAAGGGCUAUUUAGAACAGUGCUGUUAUCAUACAUCUUACCAGGGAGCAACUACAUACACCAAGUGUAAAGUUCUGGAACAACGGUUAGAGCAGGGCAUGGUAUUUACUGAAUAUGAGCGCAUUCAGAAGAAAAGGCUUAUAGAUGGUGAGUGCUCAAUAGCUCGGCUUCCUGAAAAUGCUGAGAGAAACCGGUUCCAGGACGUCCUUCCUUAUGAUGAUACCAGAGUAGAACUAGUCCCAACCAAAGAAAAUAACACGGGUUACAUCAAUGCAUCUCAUAUCAAGGUCUCUGUUGGUGGCAUAGAGUGGGAUUACAUUGCUACGCAGGGCCCUUUGCAGAAUACCUGUCAGGAUUUUUGGCAGAUGAUCUGGGAACAAGGGAUUGCCAUUAUAGCUAUGGUGACAGCAGAGGAAGAAAGUGGGAGAGAAAAAAGCUUCAGAUACUGGCCACGUCUUGGCUCAAGACACAACACUGUAACAUAUGGAAGAUUUAAGAUAACCACACGAUUCCGGACUGACUCAGGCUGCUAUGCAACUACGGGAUUGAAGAUUAAACAUCUUCUCACAGGACAGGAGAGAACAGUUUGGCAUUUGCAGUAUACUGACUGGCCAGAACACGGCUGUCCAGAGGAUUUAAAGGGAUUUCUCUCAUACUUGGAAGAGAUACAGUCAGUGCGGCGCCAUACAAACAGCACUGCAGAUCCUAAAAGCUCUAAUCCUCCUGUGCUGGUGCACUGCAGUGCAGGUGUAGGACGAACAGGCGUGGUCAUACUGUCAGAGAUCAUGAUUGCUUGCUUGGAACACAAUGAGAUGCUGGACAUCCCACGAGUGCUGGACAUGUUGAGGCAUCAGAGAAUGAUGAUGGUGCAGACUCUUUCUCAGUACACGUUUGUCUAUGGAGUGCUCAUUCAGUUUCUCAAAAGUUCUAGACUUAUAUAAUACCUGCCAAUUCCUAAGGGACACUUCAAGAGUUUACAGAAAGAAAACUACAGUUGUCCAGGCAGACCUGCUUUCGCUUUUUUUUUUCUUCAUAUGAUGAAUCAUGCAGUUAACUUCUCGAGCUGGUAUGUGGCUGUUAGAUGCAAGUCAAUGUAACAGUCCUUGCAAAGCAGGAUCUUCGCUGGACUAAAUUCUUCCCAUGUUCAGCUGCAGCCAUAUUAGGGAAUGAUUUUACUUGUACUGGUCUUUAGUACUUGUACACGUUUUUUUAGAGUGGUGUUACUCUGGGGAAAAUAAAUUUCUAACAGAAUGGAAAUACAUGGCACAAUUUACUAACUUUUUUUUAACAUGAUGAUGAACUGUGCAAAAGCUAAAAUUUGUAGAUGCACAUGGGGAGAGAAACUGCUCCUUGGGGAUGUCAAGGUCUUACACAUGGUUUCAUUCUGCUUUCAAUUUUAUAUUUAGAACAAUACACCUAUAUUUUUUAAAAUGAAGUUUUGGUUUCCUCUGGUUUACUUAGCAGAACUAGCAGCUCUUAGAUACUUUAAGUUGUUGCUUUAAGGGCAGUUAUUUUUCUAUUCAGCUUUUUUUUUUAACUUUCAAAAAAACCCAACUUUUAAAAUACUGUAAUGUUUUCAGAGAAGGUUGUCAAUGCUUCAACUAACUUCUUAAAAAUUAUGCAGAGAGUUCUAGUGUAAUAGGUAGCAGUAGAGUGCUGGGUAAUAGAACGACAAGUGAAAGAUCGUGUUAACUAUUGAUAACUCCUAUUUGAGUGGAGGCAUGUUUGCCUGUUGAGUUGUAGACUACAACCAGGGAAAAUAUAAUAUAAUUAUCUACAAAGUUCUUGGAAAUAAAUGGAGGAGAGAAAGUACAUAUUCAGUAUUAUUCAAAAAUUUAGAGGACAAUUUGAUUUUACUGGCUGAAAUCAAAGUGGAUGCAAAGGUUUUAAGCACUUUUUUGCUCUGUUAUUUAUGUAGUUAAACAUAGAAACUAUAAUCAUAUAUCGUUUCAUAUGGUAAUAAGCUGUUACUAACCUAUUAUUUGAGGAAGAGCCUUUAAAGUUGAUGAAGUGAGAGAACCAAAAUUGGAGUAAGAAGGUGCAUAGUGGUGAAGUGGAAAUAGUGGAGAUGUGGCAGCUAUGAUUGCUGGUUUACGCUUGGCAAAGAUGACCAUUAAAAAUGUUUAUGUUUCCAGUCAGGAAACCUUUGAAGCAUCAGAUUUUUCUGUAGAAUCCUUCAGAUUAUUUUGUCAGCGCUAGAACAGAUUUUGCUAAUGCUGUGCAGCACUGGAAUGAAGAAUGUUCACAUUUGGGAAUGCCUGCUGAAUGUAAGAACUCUAAGAGGCAACACUGGAGAUGUGGGUAUUAUAGUAACUGCGUAGGUCACAGAGUAAAUGGUUGUGGUAUGGAUCUGAAGAUGUCCUACCUCUGGUAGGUUCUGUCUUGUCCCUGACUGGCGUGGGUCUGGUGUACUGACAGUAUCCUGAAUACUUCUGUGUCUGUGUUGUUUUAUUUUUUAAAUGGGGACAAUAUGGUUUUGCCUGCUUUUGGAGUGUUUUGAGCCUAUACCAAAGUGAGCUAAUUGUUUGUAGAUAUCUAGUGUAAUUUCAAAAAAAACCUAUGGUAGACAAGUGCGCAGGUAUGUCUAAGUAUGCAUUUCCCACAAUACUUGCUUAACAAAAUGAAAUGAGACCGUGAAUUUUUUUCUCUGGUAAAAUGAUGUUGUUAUUUCCUGAGCUGUGAGAAGGCUUUGGAAACUAUUAUGAAGAGUAUCCCCCUUCCCCUGCAAACAACGAUUGUCCUCUUAAAACAUAGAUUAAAAGAGUAAUAAAUCUGUUGCCUCAAUUUCCUUUUUAAUAAGCUGUUUCCAUAAAGAUAAACACAAGGUCCAAAUGACAUCGUGCUAAUAUGUCAUUCCAUAAAAUAUGCGCUACUUUAAAAUACACUAUAAUAUUCAACUAGUGCAUUUGGUCUUCUUUCAGGCAGUCCAAAUUGUUCUACUCUCAGUAAAAUAAUAUUGAAUAUUUCAAAUGGAGGGGAAAAAAAGGCCUAGGAAGUAUUAACAGCCAAACGUAAAACUGGACAGAAUAAUGCCUUAUUCCAGAGGAGACCAGUUACUGAGGAGUGAUUCUUACAUAUAAUCUUACAAGCAAAGCAGUAUGACAUGCAUGUGUCAACAGAAAUAUCACUGAAUGAAGCAAAUGUAUUUGGCUAUUUGUAUUAUCCUGUUAAAGAAACAUUGUUUUUGGUUUUCUUUUUUUAACCAGUUUCUGAGUGAAAAGUGUAUGCUCCAGAAUGUAGCUUGUACCAUUAACAAAGUUUGAACACGACAUGGUACAUGUGCUUUUAAUGAAAUUAUAGAUGACCAUAACUUCACACAACACUUUUCCACCAUUCAGUAGAUCUUAGGACAGAAUGUCCUGUAUAAGGCAUUAAAAAGAAGAAUUAAAAUAAGCAAUUUCAUUCCAAACUUGUGAGAUAAUAUCUGAGGAAGUUUUUCUCUUCCAUUUUCUUCUCCUUCUUGCUGAGAGAAAGUGAGUUCACUUUCAGACGUGGUUGCUCUCUGACCUGGUAGUCACAGUCUGUUUUUUGAAAGUGAUAAUGCUGCUACCUCCUCCACUUCAGCUUUUCAAUCUUUCCACUAGCAGUGCAUUUUUGCGUUAAUAAGACUUGACUUUAUAUGAACUUUCCUAUUGAAGGUAGCAGGCUUGUUUAUACGUGUAAGCAUAUAGUUCCAAGUGGGCAUUGAAAAUAAACAGUUUCUCUUCUGAAGAUACCAAAAGAAAUAAAGCUCCACAACCUCCUGUCACAAAACUAAUUUUAAAAGUGUUUAGAUUUUCAGAUAACUUUUAAAAGAACAUUCAGUUUUUAGCACUUUGUUGUUCUGAGCCUUGAAAGGGAUGCUUUCUACGUGUUGUUGUGCUGGGUGCUUUGUGAACUGUGGGACUUUAUAAGAAAAUUCAUUGCCCAAAUCCAGUCACAGCCUGAGUGGAAACUGGAUCCUUCUGUCAAAAGCUUAAAAUUCCUCUAUAAGCCAUUUUGCCAGGUGUGCUUCUGUUAGUAUAGGGGAGAAACCAGAUCAUUAUCAUGUAGGAUUUGAGCUGAAUUUAUUAAGUAGGAAAAGUUGUAUGCAGUGAAUGGCAAGGAACAUAAUGCUGAUUUCUAGGAAUGCCAGAGUUCUCAGGGAUAAAUAAAGGUGCUAUAUUACUAUCAAGAAACAGAUUUGAGUGUGUUUUGUGGUCUAGGUGGUAAAUGCUUUCUUAGGAUCAAAUCCCACAAAGAGUCAGGAGAAGAACCUAUGGAUUGUUGUAGGGGCUUCUGCACAUUUGAUUUCUGUCUUGUUUGCUCUGAAGUGAGAUUUUUUUGGACAGGGAAUCCUUGUAUUCCUGGGAUCCCAGAUCUUCUCUAAAAACAUAAUUCACAGCGCUGUUGAUUGUGAAGAUGACACUUAAGCAGGCUUUGCUGUCAACUGCAGAUCACUUCUCACACAUUCUUAGAUGGGGAAGCUCCAUGCUACACGACAGAGUUUUGCCUUGCUUCUCUGCAGCUCAUAAAACAGUGCUCCCCUUUCUCUGCUGCAUGCAUUCAGGGGUGUCAGAUGGUCUUUAAGGUCCCUUCCAACCCAAGCUGUUCUGUGAUUCUAAAUUGAAUGCAUACUGAAAUGGAGAAAUCCUUGACAUUUUGAUAAAGUAUGUAUUUUUUGUUCCUCUAGCAAUCUUGUGUCUCUCUCUUUUUUUUUUUUUAAGUGGAUGACACUUGGAGCAUUUUUCUCCAAAAUAGUUUCUUAAUUUUAAUAACUAAGGCUACCAGAGGCUGCUGGUACAUUUUUCUUGUUGGAAUCAUUGUUAAAGUUGAGUGGCUCAUAGUUCUCAAUGGCCUCUGGAUGAAACUGGGAACUACACGGUUUUUUAUCCUAUAAGCUAGCAGUGUAACAGGACCUCAAUUUUAAUACCAGUAAUGUUACUAAAUUAAAAUAGUGGACUCAUUACUAUACUACAAUGGUUAGCUCAAGUUAUUAAUUUAAAAGGAGCAACAGAUCAAUUGCUAAUAAUUCUGUGCUUUAGGUAUUGUUUUCUUUCCAAUACAAAAAACGCAUGCAAAGCCAGAGCCCAGUCCUUCAAGAUGCAGAAGUCCUGCCCUUCUUGAUGCUGUGUGAAUGGAGCAGUGCUUAUUGCCAGUGAAAGCCCUUAAAAUGUGAAUAUUCACAUCUACUUUAAAUUUAAAUGUAGAUUGCAUGAAUUAAUCAUAAGAAUGCAGCAGGAAUGUGCAUACAUGAAGCUAGAAUGUUACAAGGAGAAGUAGCUGAGAUAACGUGGAAGAAGUUCUCUUGUAAAAGUACAAAAUGUUGGAACCGGAGAGCGUGGAUAUGAGGAAUGACUUGAAGGGAUUUGGAGGAGGAUUUGGAACAUUUUGUAUCCGCAGUAGAGCUGCUAGAAGGGUUUGAUUCAUAUGGUAUGUUUUUAAUGGUGUAGUAGGGUAAGUGAGCGUGUAGUCAUAGGUGUUAUUUUUAUUGACUUUUUAAAAUGUGAUUUUUGAAACUCCAAAUAUUAUUUCAGAAGCUCUGUUAUUUUUAAAUAUAUUAUUUUCCAAACAGAUUCAAUGCAAUGUCACCUCAGCUUCUGUUUGCUUACUAAAGGUCAGAUUUUAAAGCCAUGGACUCAGGUUUUAGAUGGUGCAAACUGAAGGGCAAAUGGGCAUAUGUGCAAAUUUGCACGAGUAAGUUGUAAUGGAUGCAGAUUAGAUUAUUUGAAAGUUUAAAUAAUUUGUGAAUGCAGCGAGCUGUUUACUGUAGGUGUGAAUUGGAUCGAGUUAAGUCUGCACUGAAAACCAGGCCUUUGAAUUGUGGAAUUUGGCAUACGCUUAUGAAAAUGUUGCAUUUCACCGUUUGCAGUACAGUGAUAUUAAAACUUCAGAGAAUCUUGAAUACUAUGUUAGGCUGUAAGAAAAUAUCUUGAAUUUCAGCAGCAACAGCUGUUGCAUUUAUGGCUGUAAAAAAGAUUUCUUAUGAAGAUCCUGUUGGGGACCAGCUAACUUGAUGCAUUUUGCUGGCAUCAUGUAUGUUCCUUUAAGGUCUACAAGGACUGAAAUAAACAUUCUUCAUUUCUAUGAGCAUUUCAAAAAACAGUUGCUAAAUGAUCUUGUAUUCUAUUCUUUGCAGCUUUCCACAUGAUGCUGUGUUUAGUGAUACUUGUUCCUUAUGGACUUAGAAGUCCAUUUUUCAGCUCUAAUUGGGGAAUGAAGACAGAGAUCAAAUGGAAAGAAUCUAACAAAUAGAGUUUACAACAGAUCCAGCGUGUGGCAAGCUAGAGAGCAAGCCUGUAGAUACUAUGGUUUUACUUUGUUUCUGAUAGGCGGCAGUCAGCACUACCAAAUUUCUACUAUAAUGAGCACAAUUUCAGAAGGCGCCUUUUAAAACCUUUUUAAAGGGAAUUUAAAUGCUGUUUUUCCAUUUGGAAAUAUUUAAGUAAAAUUAGGAGAUGUGAAAGUAUUUAAUGACAAACAGGGUUAAGUUUUAGAAUGAUAGGAAACAUAAUAGGAAAAUAGAUCUUCCAGUCUGUCACCUUGCAUAUCCUGGAUAAUUCUGGCAGACAAGGGGUAUGUGCUGUCCCUUCACAGAGAUACCUUCUCAAGUUCCUCUGAAACACCCAAACUACUUGUCUUCUUUAUAACUGAUCUGGGGGGACUUGGAUGGAAAUUUUAGACUCCAGCUUGCAAAUUAGUAAGUAGGUACCCUCCUGCACAUUGCUGAAAUCUCUUCACUCAGUUAAAGUAAGUUGGUGUUUGAAGUCCUUUCAGCAGUUUUGUAGGGCUGAAUACUUAAUGUCAGAGGAAUGCAGGAUCUGGCUCUGUUUUCUUCUGUUCUCAUUUGAGCCAGUAUGGAAGGAUUUAAAUGGGACUUUACAGUAGCAACAUGAAUUUUUGAGUAUUAUUUUCUAGUACUAAGCUAGUGGUUAACAUGUCUAUUUUUGCUGUCUUGCCACCAAUACUGUAAAAAUGUAUAAUCAAAACAGCUUUAAUUCUUGUAAAACUGAAAUUGGUUUGUAAAACAGUGUACAAAUUGUGUUUCAUAGACAGAAAAGCUUGUAUUACUGAAUGUAAUAUAUGUGAAAUGAAUAUAUCAUAGUCUAUUUUUGCCAUGAAAAAUAAAUAUUUGAAGCAACUA